AUGAAGAAGGAGAAUGAGUUGGUGACGCCGGGGGAAGCAAUCGGAAGGACAACUGAGUGUAAAGCAGGAAGAGGGGCAUAUACUUCUCCUGAGAAUAGCACCGUCUAUGCUUCCCUCACCGGAUUUCUCUCUGUUACUCCCGCUACCAUUGAUUCCACCGACCAGAGACCAAUUGUGGAAGUUACUGGUCACAAAGCUCAUGGUCCUGUUCCUGAGCCUGGUUCUUUGGUUAUUGCUAGGGUUACUAAAGUGAUGGCUAAAUUGGCUUCAGUAGAUAUCAUGUGCGUCGGUCCCAAGUCGGUGAAAGAAAAAUUUACUGGCACCAUUAGGCAGCAAGAUGUAAGAGCAACUGAGAUUGACAAGGUUGACAUGCAUGCGUCCUUUCGCCCUGGUGAUAUUGUCAGAGCAGUAGUGCUUUCCCUUGGGGAUGCACGGGCAUAUUAUCUAUCCACGGCCAAAAAUGAGCUCGGAGUAGUAUCAGCUGAAAGUGCUGCAGGUGAAAUAAUGGUUGCAAUAAGUUGGACAGAGAUGCAAUGCCCAUUGACGGGUCAAAUUGAGCAGAGAAAAGCAUCAUAUGGUCUCGAUAACCGUCCUCCCGCCAUGACUGCUGCAUUCUUGUCGCAUCUUCCCCUUCUUCAACCUCCCUCCAAUCUAUCUUCUCCUCCUCCAAACCGUCAUUUCUUCAGAAAUUCACAUUGUAUUCCAUCCCUUUUCCUGCCCAGACCUCCUUGCUUCGGAACAAAACUGAGAAUAAGAAAACCUUUUGCUCUGACGGAAUCCGACUCUCCCAAAUCACUUGACCCGGACCCGAAAACCCUUCUUCAAGAACUCGCUGAUAGCUUCGUUCUUCCAGCUGAUUACUUCUCGAAGCUGCCCCGUGAUCUUCGACUUGAUUUGAAUGAUGCUGCUUUUGAUCUUUCUAAUGGACCAGUUAAAGAUGAGUGUGGUCAAGAGCUAGGGGAAGUACUUUUGAAUAUAAGUCGAGCAUGGGAGCAAGCGGAUGCAUCAACUUCUGCAAGUUUGGUGAGGAAGUUACCAGUCAUAGUGGAGACAUUGAGUGAUAAUUAUAAAUCAGCAAUGGGUAAGCGCUUGAUAUCUGCUGGAAGAAGGUUUCAAUCCAUGGGUUCAUACGGAGGUGGUGAACCUGCAAAGAUUGCGAAAGUGAUGAUUAGAGCUGGUAAGUUCUUAUCUGCAACCGCAGUCGCUAAAUCUACUACUGAUGAAGAACCAAAAGUUGAAGCUAGGAUGUUCAAGUUUGGGGAGCUUCAGGUUGAAUUUACCCCUGACAAAGCCUACAUUGGUGCUGGUAUUGGGGCUGUGUUUGGAAUUUUCUCACUGGCAUUAGGUCAAGGCCUUCAAAGUAUACCAGAGAGCUCAUUGCAAUAUGCAAAUGACAAUGCUUUACUGCUAGCAAAGUCAUUGCGAGGGACGCUGCUCGUACUAUUCUACUCGUCUACAUUCUUGUCUGGCUUUGCCUCCAUUGGACUUGUCUUGCUUGGAUUCCAACUCAGUUCGAAAGACAAAUGA